GUGUGUGUGUUGGUGUGUGGUCUCGUGAACGCAGCACGAAAUGUGUGUGUCUUCUCAGCAAUAACACACACAGUAACGUGAGACGUGAAAGCCGACGGGGUAUUUUUUACUCAAAGUUUUGUUUUGCCGCCUCUAGACUAUUUCGAUGUUGUUCAUUAAACAUUCCGCUCGUAAAACGCAAUAUUUAUUGCCUACGAGCCACCGACUUCGUUUCUUCUAAAGAGUGUCCGCUUCCCCUCCCCUCGAUGAAGCGUUGCUAUGCCCUCUGAUUUUAUAUCCCUUCUUAGCUCGGAUCUCGACCUCAAUUCCCCCAAAUCUCUAUACUCUAAAGAGUCAGUAUAUGACCUCCUACCCAAAGAGCUCCAGCUCCAGCCAUCGUCCACCCAGACCAACCCACCCACCAUGAGCCAGAAGAGUGGGGGAGAGCCAGGACCUCCUCCAUCUGCAGCCCUGGCUUCAGAUGCCACCUCUUCCACCUCCAGCCCCCCUGCCUCUUCUUCCCUGGACAUGGGAGUCCCAACCGCUGGCCCCUCCACAUCACCCUCAGACCAUCUCAAGGUUCCCCAGCAUCUCCACUCCACUGGAGGGGAAGGUGCCGGAACUUCAGAGAUGCAAGGUAUGGAGGGUUCUGUAUCCGGCCCAGGCAGAGGCAUCAGCGCAGCAAGCGCCACAGCAGGAGACAUAGGUUCAGGAGUGUUGUCAGGGCUAGGAGUCCAGCAGCCUCAGAACACACCAUCCAAGCGGAGGCCCGUGUUGAGCAUAUCUCCACCACCCGAAGACCUAUUUGAUGACAGCCAGAUGUCUUGCCAAGAGGAGCCUACCAUAUCUGGUCCACUGGGUCCAGACUCUGAGCACAGCAGCAGCAUGUGGGCUGACGAUUCAGUUUCAAACUUCAGCUUGAUCAGCUCCAUCUCCUACAAUGACAACACAGAGGUGCCACGCAAAUCUAGAAAACGUACGCCUCGCCAGCGGCCUGGCCCAAAGCCUGCUCCUCCAGAAGACAGCAUGGAUGUGUUUGAUGCUGACAGUGCCAAGGCCCCGCACUUUGUCCUCUCACAGCUGAGCACAGACAAGACCAGUUCUAUAGCCAGCUCUCUUGAUUCAGGGACUGCAGUGAAAGGUGGGUCACUCUCUGCUCAGUUCCCCCAGAGGAGUGAUGGGAAGGAACUGAAGAUCCUGGUGCAGCCAGAGACCCAACACAGAGCUCGCUAUCUGACCGAGGGCAGUCGGGGUUCUGUCAAGGACCGCACACAGCAGGGAUUCCCCACUGUAAAGUUAGAGGGUGUGAAUGAGCCAGUUGUGCUGCAGGUGUUUGUAGCAAAUGAUGCGGGCAGAGUGAAACCUCAUGGAUUCUACCAGGCUUGUAGAGUGACUGGACGCAACACCACCGCGUGCAAAGAGGUGGACAUUGAAGGCACAACUGUUAUUGAGAUCCCCCUGGAGCCGAGCAAUGACAUGACACUUGCGGUGGACUGUGUAGGAAUCUUGAAGCUGCGUAAUGCAGACGUGGAGGCCCGUAUUGGUGUGGCAGGUUCUAAGAAGAAGAGCACCCGUGCCAGGCUUGCUUUUAGAGUAGUCAUCCCCCAGUCUGAUGGAUCCAACCUCACUCUGCAGGUUCCUUCAUCACCCAUUCUCUGCACCCAGCCAGCUGGAGUGCCAGAGAUUCUGAGGAAGAGUCUUCACAGCUGCUCAGUGAGAGGAGGAGAGGAAGUUUUUAUCAUUGGAAAGAACUUCCUCAAAGGAACUAAGGUUGUUUUUCAGGAGAACAUUGCAGAUGAUAAUUCCUGGCAAGCCGAGGCAAAGAUUGACAUGGACCUUUUCCAUCAGAACCAUUUGAUCGUGACAGCCCCUCCAUUUCACAACCAGUCCAUCACUUCUCCCGUGUCUGUGGGUAUCUAUGUGAUGACCAAUGCUGGAAGAUCACAUGAUGCUCAGCCCUUCACCUACACUCCAGACUCAGCUGAUGAUUCAAAUGUCCAGACAGUAAAAACAGAGGGGCCCUCUCUGGUUAAGACGUGUUUAUUUGACGGUCAGAUGAAAUCUAUGUCCGCUGAGCGAACUGACUGCUCGGGUCAGCCUUCCAAACAAGAGGACACACCGAUGGAAGUAUCUAGCAAUCCAGCACCUACAGGUGUCUUUAAACCAUCCCAAGACCCUCUUGCCUCAGUCCAGCAGACCCUGGAGCUCAGCUCUAGUCCUCAUCCAGGAGGAGAGUCCUUUCAAAACUCAAUGCCCUUGCAAUCUGAAGAUGUGGAGCUUCCCCAAGCGCCCCCUGUUUUCCCCACCCUAGAGUCUCUCAGUACCAUACAAAAGCAAGACAUUGCAUCUCCAGCAUCCUUUCCAGUGUCAGGAGACACCACAAUCCCUCCUGUGACACCAGAUGUCCCUCAGCAAUUCCUUCGAGAGCCUCAGGAAAGCCUGUCUCCUGAGAAUUCCAGCAAUAAUGGAGGGGCCGGGGUUGUGUCCAUGCCCCAGAUAUCAGCUCCAUCUCAGCCACAGCCUCAACAGUCACAGGUUCCCUUGUUCCCCCAGGAAGGGGUGGCCCAGCUUGAGAGGGCAGUAAGGGAGCUACAGGCCGGAGGUAACACCACACUCCAGCAGGUGUUGGAGGCAGCAGUAGCCCAGCAGCAACUAAACUCUGUGCUGUACAGCCCCUCACCCUCUCCAGACUCUCUUCAGCAGCAUGUCCAAGAAAACAUGAACAGUCUUCGAUUGGGAACCACAGAUAAUUCCCUGUCUCCACAACAACAGUUACAGAUGCAACAGCAACAGCAACAAAUAGAGCAACAGUUUCAACAGCAUCAACAAAUGCAGCAACAACAGCAGAUCCUUGAUAACAUUCAGCAUCAACAGCAGCAGCAACAUCUACAACAGCAACAGCAAGUACUUACCAACAUGCAGAUCCAACAACAACUCAUGGAGAAUAUUCAACAGCAGCAACAGUUACAACAGAAUCAACAACAGCAAGUCCUUAACAUUCAGCUUCCAGAUCAGCAACAACAGAAUCAAAUGCUCACCAAUUUACAACACCAUCAACUACAACAGCAACAGCAGCAACAACAAAAUCAAGCACUGAGCAACUUACAACAGCAGCAGCAACAACUGCAAGAGCAGCAGGUCUUGGAGAAUUUACAGCAGCAGUUUCAGGCUGAGUUGCUCCAGCCACAGAUCCACUCCACAUCACAAGUCCAGCAGCCAGUGUCCCUCCUACAACAGGCCGGAGAGCUGCUCACCAUUCAGACCAGCUUCCCAACGCAGCCUCCAUCCCACACAUCCCCCCCACAACAGCUUUUCCAAUCACCCAGGCCCCUUGCUGAGACCCAAGAUUCCCAACAACAGGUCCAGGCUGCCCUGCUGCAGAAUACACUGACUGUUCUGACGGGUGGCAGUCUCGGCUCAGAGCAGCAGUCCACUGGGUCAACCAUUUACCUUUCCCCAAAUCCUCCACAACAACAGCAACAGUUGGCGUUCAUCUCAUCUAUGGAGACCUCUACCAACCAGCCCCAGUCUGUUACAGUGUUCCAGAACCAACCCCAAGCUCAGCUUUCCCAAAUGCAACAACAGAGCACCCCCAUGGAGCAACAGCAGUCUGCACAGCAGAACCAGCAACAGCCACCACAGCUUUCCAUGGGCCAACAGGGCUCCUUGUUCCAAAGUAUUCCCAGCCACUCACAGGCCAACCCUGUGCCCCAGAGCCAACUCUCUCAGCCCCAGCAGACAGGCCUGCUCCUCUGCACAACAGAUCUUAACCAUCAGGUUAUGCCACCAACUCUACUCUUCAGCACCCAGAACCAAGGCCCUUCCCCUAUAGGGAGCAUUAGUGUUGGAAUCCCUCAGCCCCACCCAGCAGAGCCCAUGUCCUUCCAAGACCAGAGCUCCUCAGGCAACAACUCAACAUCCAAUGAGAAUCAACAGCAGAGUAUGUUCCAGGAGCAGCAGCCGAUGCAGGUGGGCCCAAGCCCCGGCAGCGUCUCAAACAGUCAACCUGUAGAGAUGUUCCUACCACAGACAUCUCUGUCCGGCCUGCAGAGCACCAUUAGCUCACAGGAGCUGAACAAUCAGGCGGCCGCCCCUGGCACAACCAUCUUUGUGGUUCAAGGUGGUAUGGGUGUUGUCACCAGCCCGGGCCAGCAGCCACCAGAGCAGCUUUUCCAGACAACCGUGGGUGGGAAUGUGGCUCCACAAGGACAAGCCAACCUGUUUGUGUUUGGCAUCCAGAAUGACUCCCCACAGCUGCUCAAUUCAUCCGGAUCCCCCCUGCCCGCUCAGAGCCAGGCUCAGAACUCCAGCCACAUGCAGCCCCUGUUGGACCAGUCCAUGACCCAAGCUGCCUCCUCAAUGCCAGCCUCCAUGCACAGCAGCUUACAGAACACCCUCCAGGCACAAAUUCAGUCCCGUUUAGAGAACGCCAUGCAGACCAGCCUGCAAAACGCAAUGCAGACAAAUCCACAAACGGCCCUGCAGUCCACCUUACAGGCAAACAUAGAAACAAGCCUGCCGACUCCAAUGCAGACCAGUCUACAGACACAGAUGCAGAACAGCUUACAGAAUCAAUUGCAGGCAUCAAUAUCUGCGUCGUCAAGCAUGGAUAAAAUUGAGGACCUACUUGAAAGCCUACAGAAGUAGUAAAAAAAAAAACAAUUGGACAGUGUGUUCCCAAACAAGAGUGAGUGAUAUGUAGCUGAAAGUUUUACAUCCUAAUAUUAACAAACAGGAGUGGCAGUGUGUGGUUUUAGGCACCAGUGCUACAAAAAUGUCGAAACAUUUUAAAUAUUUAAAUAAUCAAAUGCCCCUUUUAUCUAAAAACCCAAAUUAUGAUCUAAUGUAACUCUGUCAUUAUGACAUUUUUAUCAUGAAUUACAGCUUUCUUCAAUCCAUUGACCUUGAAUUGAUGAAGCCGCCUUUGUUAUUACCCCUCUUGCAGGAUCAGAGAGGCCUGUAAUAACAGCUUUAAACAUCAGUCUCAGAAAUGCAGUGUUUUUUUUUGUUUAUGUUAUUUUAAUAAUGUGAGCCCAGGAGAUGAUUAUGAUACAUGUCUAUCAGGUUUAGUGGUGAAACUGGAAAGGGAUGAAGAAUGUCGGUGACACGGUGAAAUGGGGAAUAGAAAUGUGAUGGAGCUGAGGCUGUAAGUGCAGGCAGAGGGUAAAACAGACAGCCAGGGUGUGGGCAUCACAUUGCACAUACAGUUAAGUGUCAGAUGCAGGAAGAAUCUCAUUUUGUGAGCAUGAAAACUCACUUCACUCAAAAGCAGAGACUGUAAGGCUCUGUGUAUAUGGAGAGGUUACCUGGCAUUAGGACAGGAAUUAAGUAAUUUUGCAAUAUUAAAAGGUCCAGUGUGUAAGAAUUAAAGUGGAACUAAAGCUCUAAACUGCUUUUUUCAAGUAUAAACCAGUGCAUGUGGAUAUUUAGUAACGUUGUUUACUGAUCCAUGUGUACGUCUUCACCGUUUAGUGUUAAGUAUCGAAACAUGUGAUUAUCUAUCUAUGCCAUUAGCUAUUUUUAGUCCACUCUUUCAUCACCCUCUUGUCUAAUCAGCACAAAGCUUGUCCCAGACUCCUCCCCCUUUUCCCCCGCCUCUCUAGGACAGAAUUCACAAACAGGCCACGCCCCCUCACUGCCCUGUAGUCUCCCUCACUCGGCUCUCAGCCCACUUCUUGGCUUUUUUUUUUGUUUUGUUUUGUUUAAUUAGGCACUGGGUGGAGUUAGCUGCAGUAGAGGAGAUUUAGUUACCAUUAAAGCCUCUUCCACACUAAAAUUAGCUUUGAUUUUUGACCACGUUGCCAUUACAGUUAAGCUCAGUGGCUUGAAUAGUGGUUUGUUGUGUUGUUUUUAUCUCUCACACCUGUCCCUUGUUUUAAAGGCAAGGCAGCUUUAUUUAUAUAGCACAUUUCAUACACAAUGGCAACUCAAUGUGAUUUACAUAAAACAAACAUUUAACAGCAAGAAUGAAAUACAACGGCAUGUAAACCAUUUUCCGCUGCUAAUGGAAUUAAGUGUCCCAAGUUGUAAAAGUAUGAUUUGCUUGAAAACGUAAAUGGAUAGCGGCUAUGCUAACAGCCACAAGAUGAAUGCACAUCUCUGUCAUGGGCUGUAGAAAUCAAGCAGAGAAGAAAUGAGCAUGUUCACUUGGGUAUUAGUGUUCCUACUAACGCUGAUUAAAAAAAAUUAAAUAAAUCUGUAUUUAGUUAUUUGAACAGGGAGUGAAUUAAACAUGUUACCAGCGGUCAAACAGUUGCUAUUAGUUUCAAAUGUAAAACACAUGCUUUUACUGGUUUGUCCCUUCAAAGCUACUGUAGAAACAUUGUAGCAUUUGCCUACAGUACAUAUACAAGGCUACGAAAACAAAACCGUUUUUAUUUGAAAGCGGUUUACACACACGCACAGUUUGGGCCAAUAAACCCUCCUUAAUGUUACACACUGGACCUUUUAUUCUUCAAUCAUCUUUGUAGAUGUUUUUUCUAAUAAAUCAAACCCUCGUGUUUGCACAUGUCAGCAGUUGGAUUAAAUUAUACUCUAGGAGUAAGUAAGUGAAAUUUAUCUUCCAUUAAUUUGUAGAAUGUUUUGCUAUAGAUGGAGGACAGUUGAAUGUUGACGUCAGCUCUGCUAACACAAACACAAAUAUGAAGUCAAAGUCCUUAAAAGUUCAGAGAGGGGAGUGAAUAUGAAACACUCAUAAAUGAGAUUCAACCUAAAAGAAUAAUGUGACUUGGCCUUUUGUGGCCUUUUAAGCACCUGCCAGUGUUUAGGCCUCAUCCGCUUUCUUGGUGAAAUUCUCCAGAAGCGUCGUAGUGAGUCUAUCUUUUUGUUUUUUUCUUUCUUUCUUUCUUUCUUUUUUUUCUGAAGUUGGCAACUUUUACCAAUCUAAAGUGAAUGGAAAAAGGAACUGUCCACUCGUGAAAAAUGGAGUGUUGUGUUUUUAUAAACAUUUUAUCUCAAGCACUUUAUAACCUCUUUUGUGUAACCAGCUAAUCCUUAUAUCCAUACACGGCUCUCUACUCACAAAAGCUGAAUUUGUACUCGGAAAUGUCCAGUAAAAAAGUAAAAAACCCAGAAAAAAACAAAAGACAGACAGCCAUCGUCUUUGUAAAAGGUAAAUACAUGUUAACCAAGCAUUUUUACAUUUUCUCAUAUUCCCAGAAUAUUUUUUUGAGGUCAAGUUUGUAUAGAACGUCUGCUCACUGUCGGAUCCCUCGUCGUGUUCACACUCAGUCCAGGCAAGUCUAUCAAAAUUAGCCAUUCCCACAAAAGCAUUGUCAGGUUUCUUCACACUGACAAAACCAGAAAAAUGACUGAUAUAUUUAGACUGUGCUUUGAAAUGAAGGUUUUUUUGUUGUUGUUGUUGUUGUUGUUGUUGUUGAUGAUGAUGAUGAUGAUGAUGAUGAUGAUGAUGUACUAUUUACCGUUGAGUCUGUCACUUGAGACGGUUUUACCUUG